AGUGGGUCGAAGGACAGCUGAGCAAGCAGCGAUCCAGUCUGAGCAGCUUAGACCCCCUCGGAGUGUGUGGGGGGACCGCGGGGUGGUGAAGGAGAGUCACGGGCUGGAACUUUCCCCACACCCGCCCCCAGAGGGCCCGAUUGAAAAAGUGGCCUUGGGGGGAAAACACAGAAUGAACGAGGCGGGAGUUUCCAUAGCCCCUCGUGAGCGCUGACAAGACGAGCGAGGGCUUCCUGGAACCGCCUUGCUGCAUAUAAGCCCCAGCCGAGAGCGAAACCCAGCAGAAACACCCGGGAGUGCCUUCUCAGUAGCAGCGGAAUUGUCUGCAGGCUACUGAAUUGAUUCGGAUUAGCUGCACGCCUCAAGGGAUCCGGACCAGAACAUCUCGUCAUCAGCCUUCCUGAGUCUUGAUCGCCAUGCAGCGGUUUCUCCCCCUCUUCUUCCUCCUGGUCCCAGGGGCCUGGGCUGCUGCAGAAGGAGCUCAGGAGGAAGACUUCAUGAGAAUUUGGCCAGAAAACCCCGUGGUGCCAUUUGGAGGCUCCAUUGUAUUAAACUGCAGUACCAACUGCAAGGAUAUAGGUCUGGAGACCAGCUUAAGCAAGGUUCCCGCAGGGGACGGGCCCUCUUGGAAAGCCUUCAAUCUCACCAAUGUUGAUCAGUGGGACCCAAAACCAUUGUGCUAUGCUACCUGUGGGGAAGAAAAGCAAAAAUCUCAGAGAGUAGCCAUCACAGUUUACCGACCUCCGGAGCGUGUAGAGCUGGAUCUCUUGCCAAAGAUGGAGGUGGGUAAGGGGUAUAACCUGACAUGCCAGGUUUUCAAUGUUGCCCCCAUCCGAAAUCUAACUGUGACCUUGUAUAAAGGAAAGGAGGAGCUGCAUGUGAAGACCUUUAAGGACAACAGUGAUCUUAAAGCCAAAAACAUUGUGGUGCCUUACAAUAUAAUUGCUCAGCAACAUGACCACAGGGAGGAAGUCAUAUGCCACACAGCCCUGGAUUUGAGCCCUGAAGGGCCCUUCCUUGAAAACUCAUCCCUCAGCAAAUCAUUAGCAACUGUUGUUUUUCCAAUGGAUCCCUAUCUCCAAACCUCGGACCCUGUAGAAAUCAAUACCAAUAUGACUGUGAAAUGUGAAGCGUCUGGGCUUUUUCCGGCUGAAGAAGCACAGUUUGAUGUGUCCUUUGCAGGGAAGAGCUUGCACUCGGACAUCCGUAUGUCAGGGGACAUAGUGAGUGCCCAGGCUCAGGUGUCCUCCACAUCAGCAGGAGAACAUAAGUUGAUCUGCGCAGUCACUCUGGGGCCUGUGGCCAGAACUGUAGAGAAGACUGUGAAUGUAUACCGUUUACCCAAGCCCACCCUGCACAUUGAUCACCCUCAAAUCCCUGUCAACACAAAUGUGACAGUUAUGUGCAGGUAUGAUGGCUCCAAAUCUCCUGGUGUAGUCAUGCAGAUCACCGAUACCAAUGAAAUCUUAGUAUCUGGAGACAGCCCUUCCCUGCAUUAUCCAGUGACAGCUCGUAAAGAGGAUAAUGGGAGGCAAUUCGUAUGCAAAGUGGAGUUGAAAGUUGAUGGGCACUCAGUUGUAAAAGAGACAUCUGUAAAUCUCACCGUCUUCUAUGGGCCCCAAAUGAAUGAUUCUAGCUGCCCCAGUAAGUUGACCUGGAAAGAUGGCAGCAAAGAAAUUUUUAUCUGUUCAGCUUUGGGAAACCCACCGCCAACUGUUGAAUGCAGGAAGGAUGAAAAGUCUUACCUCAGCAUUGGGAUACAGCAGCAAGUCAGGAAAGAGCACGGUGGCAUCUAUCAUUGUAAUGCCACCAACACAUAUGGAUCUGAUGUUAGAGAUGUGACCAUACGUGUUGAUUUUUACCAGAUCAACACCCUUGCAAUAAGCCUGGGGAUUCUCAGUGCGACGGUCAUUGUUUGUGCAGCAGGGAUGGCCUAUUACAUGUACUACAAAAGUCAUAAGAUCAGAAAAUAUCGCUUAAGGCAACAGCGGCAACAGCAAGCAGCUGGGAACCCCAUGGAGCAAAAGUGUCUGAAUGGCAAUGUAUAGGUUGUAAAUGUUUAAGUGGACUGGUAGCUGCUAUGAACUGAAGAGGAACUUGACUCCAUGUCAGUAAGCUGUUAUUGAGGUUUAUCACCUCACGUAGCUGGUGUGGAUGGGAGAAAAUGGGAAAGCAUUCUUGAGGUGCUGAACAACUGAUGAGCAAUGCUCUAACUGGACUUUGUCUUAGAGUUUUGGAGGGUGAUGGUUUCUGCACUUUCAGACACUGGCUGGUGACAUUCACUACAAGAGAGCCCAACCAGAGUACAUGUGAUCAGAGACUUGUGCCUCAUGUCUUUUUCUUAAAACCUCCUCUUCCAUCCAAGCCCCGGGAUUCUUACGUUUUGAGAAUCAUAUUUAUAGGUCAAAAGGGGAUCAGGCAGGUACGCUGAAGAGGGAAAGAUGGAAGAGCCACAUCAAGCAUGGGCUCUUUUACCAGCAACAGUUAAUUUCAGAACUAAGCUUGUCAUCCCUAUAGUGUCAAGUGUUUACCUAGAUCCUUUGUUUCACUGCGAUUAUCAGCAAGCAAUGACAUGAUCGCAUGUUGUAUUGUAGAAAUUACAUCUGCAGCUUGAACCAUUCGCUGGCAAGCUCUUUCACAGUGCAAUCUGAUUCCAAUUGGGCCUUAUUAUGUGGUGGUAGAGUGCACAUAAAAUGGUAGGAAAUCAUGAUGGUUUUCUGUUUUGUAUCCUGGUACAUGAACUCAGGAUUGUCUUCUUUAAAAAUGCUACAUGUCUAAGACAACUUGUAUUUAUGAAUGUCAGGCUGAAUGCCAUGAAGCCUUUCUCAAAUGGAAGAGCAUUUGGACACUGAAAUGGACUGCAUGGAACAGAUCCAAAUCACUCACUGCAACUGAAAAUAACGAAUUCUUCAAGGUGAAGGAUUUCAGAAUGAUACACACAGGGUGUGUUUUUAAAUGACCACUGAAAGAUACCUUGCCCUGUGUUUCCACAUGCUUGCUUUCAUUCAUAUGUGAAAACACCCACAAGAUCUGCUUCAUGAAUUAUGCUUUUCAGGUAUACAGCUAAUAUGUG